AUGAAGAGGAAGUUCCUUGCGAGCUAUAAUCCAGACAGCACGGAUUACGCUGCUUUGCCAGCUUACGGAUGUGCUGCCUUUAACAAUGACUUACGUGGCUUGCUACACACUUUCAACACAACUCCCCCAUCUGAUUCACUAGCUUCGGCCAGGAGAGAGAUCGAUAACGUUCGAGAUAUCAUGACCGAGAAUAUUGAGCGCGUUCUAGAGAGGGGAGAGCGUAUUGAUACCCUGAUUGAUAAGACUGAUAGGCUCGGAAGCAGUGCUCGUGAUUUCAGAGUACGUAGCCGGGAUCUACGGCGCCGGAUGUGGUGGAAGAAUACCAAGGUUAUGGUCUUGCUGAUAGUCGUGGUCUUGUUUUUGAUAUACUUGUUUGUUGGCAUGGGAUGUGGCCUGCCAGCAUGGGGAAGCUGUGUUGGACAUGGAGCCCGCCACGAGGAAUGA